AUGGAGUCGAUGGUGCUGGAUCUCAAUGCCGAGUCGCCGACGGCCGGCUCGGCCUCGGCCACCUCGAGCUCCACCGGCGUCUUCCGGUUCGACCUGCUCGGAGGGAUACCCGACGAGGAGGGUUGCUCGCCCUCGCCGCCCAUCGUGACGCGCCAGCUCUUCCCCUUGCCGUCGUACCCGGACGCUGCUGCAGCUCGGGCUCCCACCGCCGCCUCGACGGCGUCGAACGGGUCGCCGCCGCCAUGGGCGCGCCGCGCAGCGGAUCUCGGGCCGCCGGCGCCGGCGCUGGCACAGGGGGCGGUGGUACCUGCGCCUUCGUCGCCCGCGGCUGUGCCUCCUGCCGCCGGGAAGAAGAGCCGGCGGGGGCCCAGGUCGCGGAGCUCGCAGUACAGGGGCGUCACCUUCUACAGGAGGACCGGCCGCUGGGAGUCACACAUCUGGGACUGCGGGAAGCAGGUCUACCUGGGCGGAUUUGAUACUGCCCACGCCGCAGCAAGGGCCUAUGAUCGCGCCGCGAUCAAGUUCAGAGGCCUUGACGCAGACAUCAACUUCCAGUUGAAGGACUAUGAGGAUGAUUUGAAGCAGAUGAGGAAUUGGACCAAGGAGGAGUUUGUUCACAUGCUCCGACGUCAAAGCACUGGGUUUGCCAGGUGGAGCUCAAAGUACCGGGGUGUGACACUACACAAGUGUGGUCAGUGGGAAGCUCGGAUGGAUCAGCUUCUUGGAAAGAAGUACAUCUACCUUGGGCUGUUUGACAGUGAAAUCGAAGCAGCAAGAGCAUAUGACAGGGCAGCCAUUCGCUUCAACGGACCGGAUGCUGUUACAAACUUUGAUUCUAGUUCCUAUGAUGGAGAUGUCCCACUUCCACCUGCAAUUGAGAAAGAUGUGGUUGAUGGGGACAUCCUUGAUCUGAAUUUGAGGAUUUCACAACCUAAUGUGCAUGAUCUCAAAAGUGAUGGUACCCCGACUGGUUUUGGAUUAGGUUGUAAUUCUCCUGAAGCUUCAAGCUCCAUUGUUUCUCAGGAUCUCUUCAAUUGGAUGGGUUUUCAUGAGUUGCUUUGUCAGGAGAUAGUUCAUGGUCAGGAUCAAGAACUGCAGGUUACUUUCUUUGACAAAACCAAGGAUGAGAAAGUGCACAUAGAUUUUGAUUCUGCUCUGUUACAUACAUUUGAUGUGUAUUGGGACUGUAGGAAGCUGCCACUGAUUGUACAAGUUGUUGACAUUGGUCCUCGUUUGUUAUGGUCUCAAUUUUCCAGUACUGAUGCCUCUGUUGAUAGUCAGUCUCUUAUUAGCACACAGCAGAGUCAGGUCAAUUGUCUGCCACUAGCUAUGAUUUUGCCUGAUGAUAUUCCAGUGCCUAAUCCAGUAGAUCAUAAUGCUGAAGCUGUUCAUAUUCCAGAAUGUGUUAGUAACCCUGAUGUUGCUGCUGAUACUGAGGUUGAUAAUCCUGAUGUGGCUGCUAAUCCUGAUGUGGCUGCUAAUCUUGAUGGAGAUGGUAAUCCUGAGGUUGAUAAUCCUGAUGUGUCUGUCAAUCCUGAUGUGGCUGCUAAUCUUGAUGGAGAUGGUAAUCCUGAGGUUGAUGCUAAUCCUAAAGUGUUACAUUCAGUGUUUCAUCCCAUGCAGCCUGACAUUGUUUCCUUUGUUGCUAACUGCAGAGCAGCAGGAAGGCCAAGGAAGAGAAGGAUGGUUGGAGUUGAAGAGGGUGGGUCAACCAGCAAGGGCAAGAGAAGGUGUAAAAGGUGUGGUGGACUUGGCCACCUCCAGACGACCUGCAAUGAAACUGUCCUAGACCCUGAUGCACCACCACCUGCACCACCAAAGAAGAAGAAAAUGACUUACAAGCCAAAAGUGGUUGAGAUUAUAGAAACCAGAGAUGAUCCAUCUAAGAAGAAGAAGAGGAAACUAUGCAGUAAGAAGAAGACAACUCCAACUGAGCCUACACCUCCUGAUCAAACUAUGCAGGUUCCAAAUUCCCCGGUCACUAGGAGGCAGGCCAAACAACAAGUGGCAGAUAGCCCAAGGGCAGUGACUAGGAGUCAGGCUACCUCAACGCUGACAUCCAGUCCAAGCGCAUGCACUAGGAGGAAGAGGGCCCUGAUGGAUGUCUAG